AUGCGCUCCCUCGCCCUUGCGAUCUUCCCCUUCCUCACCUUCACAGCCGCCUCAGAAUGGCUCGACCUCGAACCACGAUCAUCCGGCCACUUCAACUGCAUGGGCCGUCUUGACGCCAAAAAGAUCGCCAACAACUUCAGAGACCUGAUCAAUCUCGAGUUCAACACCACUCUGGCCAGGGUGUCGAUGACUCCCAACUUCCACGACUACUCCGACGGCGUCAAUGAGCUUGUGAAUGCUGGUUGUCCCGGACCAAACACGCUUGGAGAAGCGACGUUCUCGUCGAGGGAGGAGUUUAUCAUGGGGCAGAGCACGCAGCCGCCUAUCCCCUUCCAAAUCCUGAAUCUCUGGCACACCUGCACCUCCGUCCACCUCCGCUGGCGCUCCUCAGCACCGGGUCCUAUUCAUCCUGAGCUGCCGGUCACGGGCCUUGUGGCCAUUGACACGGUUCCUAACCCAGAUGGGAGCAAUUGCGAGCAGCCAUGGUUGAUGGAGACGGUCUACUCUGAGUUCAACAGCGGUGCAUGGCUGACGGACCUGGGGAAUUUCACCGCCAGCUGCACGAAGGCUGGUACACCGAAAAAGCCAAACGUAAUGAUGAAGGCGAAAGAGGCCUGCGAUGAAGUCGAGACGGAGUCCAAUGUCCAGUCGAACGUCCAGUCGAACUCAACAUUGAGCACUGUUGCUUACGCUCGUGCUACUUGA